UUUUCGGCACAUUUUGCACUUGAAUACUCGCUCAUGAGGACGAUAUAAAUCACACUGGGAGUGGAUUUCAUAAUACCUGUUAUAUUCUACCUGGUCAUAGGAGCUUUAACUUCAUCUUCAAACUGUACUUGGAUUAAGUUUUCAAUCGGUACAAUAUGGAAAGUUACAGAGAAACGAGGCUUCACAUGAUUGUGUUUCUCAUUGGUAUAUUCUUCACGAGAGCUUGCGUCUCAGAAAUCACUUUUCCAAAAGCUCAGAAUGUCGCGUGGUCCUCCAUCAAUUUUAAGACCUUGUUAACGUGGAGCCCCAAGCCAACGAAUUAUUCAUACACUGUUGAGUUUUAUCAAAUUGGCCAGAACAGAGAACGGACGCCUAACUGUAUCAGGUCUGUUGAAAAUGAAUGUGACCUGACAUCUGAAUUGAAAGACCUAAAGGCUACUUACAGCGCAGAUAUCCUCUCUGAACCCCCACGUGGGGUCAACUCUGAUUUGAUCGAGGCCCCUCAUACCACUUCUGACAGAUUCUCCCCUUAUAACGACACUGUCAUCGGAAGACCAGAAUUUGAAAUAGAGGUGAGCAGUGAUAAAAGGAAAACAACACUGCUUGUGAAAGACGUGCCCACAGCUCUAUUCAAUGAACGUAAUGAGAGACUCACUAUUCGAGAUGUUUUUAUGGAUGACCUGCAGUAUAAGGUCAUCUACAGGAAAGCUAAAAGCACAGGGAAGAAAGAGAAGAUAAGUAAAAGCAGCACCAUUGAUCUGACAGAUUUGGACAGAGGAGUGAGUUACUGUUUUAAUGUUCAGGCCUACCUCGCCCACCGGAAGGUAGAUAAACAACUCGGGGAGCUCAGCCAAACCAAGUGCUCACCAGAAGAAGACUCCUCUAUCUUUGAACAGUAUGGAGUGGGUGUCAUCGCCAUAGCAAUUUUGAUUAUCAUUCUGGCGGUAUCUGCAAUCAUCAUCAUUAUCGUGUUGUGCUACAAACGAAGAAAUAACGCCAAAAACACCGAAAAAGAGGGACAACCAUUAAACGACGUGUGAGGAGUGCAGACUGGACUCUUCCUUAUAAAGGGAGGAUGGUAUCCCAAUUUAACAUUCCUUUGUAAAACACUGGAAUCCGAAAUUGUGUUUCUGUGAAACAUCAAAAUGUAGAUAUGUUAGACAUAUAAUUUAGCAAGACGGCCUUCAUAUUGUCAGGUGGUGGGUUCUUCGUGACUUUAGGCGAAAUGUACUGUAUAAGCAUUUUUUUUAUAAGCACUACCUUAUUCUGUCUACUUAAAUGAUGCUAACACUACUGUAUGUUUUAGUGAGGUUUUGUUUUUGUACAUUUGGGAGAAGUGAAAUCAAAGCAUAUCUGUAGAGAACACUAAUUUAUUUUUUUAGCUGGUAAAACAGUAAACUGUGUAUUUGUUUUUGAAGAAUAUUUUGUGUUGUUACAGUAAAGAAUUGUUUAUGUUGAAUCUGGUUUGCUUUUGCUAUAAUAUACACAAACUGUAGGCUACUUUUAUAUUAUUUUGAAACGGUACUGAUCUGGGAUACGAUUUUUAUUAAAAUAAAUAUAAGGAACUUUG